AACCAACACACAGGACCUUCCCUUUCUCUCUCUUUUUCUCUCUCUCCCGCUGUUGUGAGUAUACAAUUUGCUUGAUUUUCUAUCUCUAUUACAUUUUCUUACUAUUGACCGUCGCGUCGCUCUCUCUGGAUAAGGAGGAGGUGAAGACGAUAACCUCAAAUGGAAUCCACGGAGUCGUCUUACGUGUCGUCACCGGAGGCGCCGCGUAAGAGAUCUCCUCCACCGCCGAAAUCGCUUACUUCUGAUUAUGUUGAGAAGCCAACAUACAUUAGAUUUCUUGUUUCAAAUGCCGCAGCUGGUUCAGUUAUUGGAAAGGGUGGUGCCACCAUCAGUGAUUUUCAGUCACAAUCUGGAGCAAGAAUUCAGUUGUCACGCAAUUAUGAAUUUUUCCCAGGAACGUCUGAUAGGAUAAUUAUGAUAUCUGGAGCCUUGGAUGAUGUGAUAAAGGCUGUGGAACUCAUUCUUGCUAAAUUGCUAAGCGAGCUUCAUGCUGAAGAUGGUGUCAAUAUCGAUCCAAGAACAAAAGUGAGAAUAAUUGUUCCAAAUAGCUCUUGCGGCAGCAUAAUUGGGAAGGGAGGAGCUAUCAUAAAGUCAUUUAUCGAGGAGUCUCAAGCUGGCAUUAAGAUAUCUCCUCAGGAUAAUAAUUUUUAUGGGUUGAAUGAUAGGCUGGUGACAUUGACUGGAACUUUGGAAGAGCAGAUUCGGGCAAUUGAUCUCAUCUUGUCUAAAUUAUUUGAAGACCCUCAUUACUCUCAGACUAUGAAUGCCCCAUUUUCAUAUGCAGUAGCAUACAAUUCAGUGAACUAUGGAGCAAAUGGAGCUGCUGGAAAGUUUCAGAAUAACAAGGAGGAUCGUACCAACUCGGUGACAAUUGGUGUUGCAGAUGAGCAUAUUGGACUGGUUGUUGGUCGCGGUGGCAGAAACAUAACGGAAAUCAGCCAGGUUAGCGGAGCCAGGAUAAAAAUUUCGGAUAGAGGCGAUUUCAUGUCUGGAACAAAUGAUAGGAAAAUCACCAUCACUGGAUCACAGAGAGCCAUACGUGCAGCCGAGGGAAUGAUCAUGCAGAAGGUAGCCUAUGCUUCUGAGAGGGGGGCAGAUUAGCUUUCAAGAAUUCUGAAUUAUUCUAAUCUGAAUUUUUUCCGUGGAUCUGUCAAUUUCAAUGCUUGUUAAUCUAGAAAUCUGUCCAUACACUUUUCUCAAAGAGAGUUGGCAAUUCCAAAACUUCGCUCAGACGAGCAAAAAGAACUGGAAUUUUUUCGGAGAGAACUAUAAGUAAAACAGAAUAAUAUAUUGAAUUUUAUUUAAUUAUACUCAAGUUAUCACUCAAUUGAGUGUUAAAAACA